GAAUGCAGCACCAGGUCGGUUUCUACGGCAACGUCUGACAACAGAGAGGAAGAUGGUUUACAUCACAGAGGACAUGGUCCGCCGACGGGCAGAACACAACGAGUGUGAGAUCUUCUCCCUCGAGGAAGUUUCUCUGCAUCAGCAGGACAUCGAGAGGAUCGAGCACAUCGACAGGUGGUGCAGGGACCUGAAGAUCCUCUACCUGCAAAACAACCUCAUCCCCAGGAUAGAGAACGUUGGUCGCCUGAAGAAGCUGCAGUAUUUGAAUCUGGCCUUGAACAACAUUGAAGUAAUUGAAAACCUUGAAGGCUGUGAGAGCCUCCAGAAACUGGAUCUGACUGUGAACUUUGUGGGCCGCCUGAGCAGCGUGGAGUCUCUGCAACGCAACGUCCACCUGACGGAGAUGUUUCUGGUGGGGAACCCCUGCGCUGAGUUUCAGGGCUACAGGCAGUAUGUAGUGGCCUCUCUGCCUCGACUCCAGCGGCUGGACGGGACGGAGAUCAGCCGGUCGGAGAGGAUUCGAGCCGCUCAGGGACUGGAGCAGGUGGAGAGACGAGUCCGGGAGCAGGAGAACGUUUACCUGAAGAGGAGAGCCAGGGAGACCGAGGAGGCACAGGGAAAGGAAGCAGGAGAGGAGAAAGGAAACAAGGAGAGGAAAGCAGGCUUCGACGGCCGCUGGUACACUGACAUCAACAACACAGCUCCAGUGUUGGGGGAGAAUAAGGAGAACCAGGAGGUGAAGGAGAACAGGGCGAGCCCUGACCUGGAUGAUGAGCGGCGGGAGAAGGAGUUCUGGCACACGCCGUGUUCCUUCACCCCCGAGUCUCGUGUGGAGGUUCACCGACACCUGGAGGAGAAGAAGAAGACGAAGGAGAAGGAGAGAGAGAAGAAGCCGAAGGCCCCGAGGACGCUGAUCACUGAUAAAGGACGAGUUAUGAACGUCAACGAGCCCAAACUCGACUUCGCUCUCACAGAAGAUGAAGAAAACAACACGAUUGUCUUGAACCUGGAAGUGUUCAGACACAUGGACUCCUCUCUGAUUGACGUGGACGUUCAGCCGACGUACGCCAGAGUCAUCGUCAAAGGAAAGAUAUUUCAGAUGGUCCUGCCUGCUGAAGUGAAGCCCGACAGCUCGACGGCUCAGAGAUCCCAAACCACGGGACACCUGGUCCUCACCAUGCCCAGGGUUGAAGGUGAAAUCAAAGGGACAAACAUCGUCCCCCGUCCGCCCAGAGUGUGUCGAAGCCGCCGCCGCCCGUCUGAAGACAAUAACAGAAACAAUGUUCCUGAGAGGCUGGAAGUGGAGCCCAGCGAGCUCACAGCUGUCGACCUUGCCAACAUCGUGUCGUGCCGGAGCGUCAAAGGAGGUCCACUGGAAACGUCCCGGAUAGCUCCACCUCCCGCCACAGGUCACAGCAGCUUCUCCGACGGGUUCGUGGACGACCCUGAUGUCCCCCCUCUGGUAUAAGACUGAAAUGCUAAGUUGUGUAGCCCUAUAUGGGGGUCACAACACUGAAUCAGAUCCUCUGCCUCAGUCGAACUCUGGAGAAUUGUAGAGAUACUACCUGCUACUUUCUGUCUGUCCCAAUGCAACGUCAAACAAACGAGUGAGACUGUUGAACCUACAGGUAACGACAACAGUGUGAACUGUCUGUUCUUGUGUCUUUCAUAUCAAUAAAGGUUUGGAAUUCCAGACAAUAAAUUGUAAUAAAUUCAAAACGUAUUAAUUAUCAUCCUCGAUGGACAACUUGGACAAAGACUUUAAACAUGUGACGUGAGACUUCUUCAGAUCUGUGGAACGUUCUCUGCAUGUUUCACGUCAUUCAGUGUCAACAACUGGAGACGUUUCAGUUAAUGGACACUUUAAACUUUAACGCCGUAACUUCUGUUUUUAAAAACAUUGUAAAAGAAAAACACAAAAUAUAAUUACAUAUCAAGAUCUGCUUCUUUGAUAUUCAUGAUAUAUUCAAAUAUUCAUAAGAGCAUUAUAGAUAUUAUGAGAUAUAUACAAACUUGUUCUUGUUGAACUGAAAGGUUUGUCCAUGACCUUUGAACUUCUUUAAACU